UUAUCUUCCCUUUUUUAUUACACAAUCGAGUCUUAAAAUCUUGACGCCAAAUGUGUUUUUUGUGUGAUUGAAAGAGUGUGAGAGUGAGUGCAGGUGAUGUGAAACCUCAUUGAACAGAUUGACAGUGAGACUGUUCCUUUAAAAAAAAAAAAAAUGGAUUGCCUCAUGAGGCGGAGACAGAAGACCUAGUUUAAAAAGAGGUCGUUUUAUUUUCACACCGAAUAACAAGCAGUUUGAGGCGCGCUGCUUCACGUUUGUGUUGGUUGGUUUGUUUCUGAUGCGCACACGCUGCACAGCACAGGCCAGGACAACAUGAAUGAGCAGUACAACGCUGACGAGAUGCAGAGCAUAUUUCAGGAGGCCCCUGCACACAGGCAGGCUCUCCUGGACAACUACAGCAACCUGCACAAGGUAGCCGAGUACUGUGAGAGCAACUACUUACAGGACUGUGUAUUUCUUUGCACCCAGGGGGAAGACAAGGCAAAGGCUUUGGAGGAGACAAAAGCCUUCACCACCCAAUCCCUGGCCAGCGUGGCAUACCAGAUCAGCAGCCUGGCCACCAGUGUGCUCAGACUGCUGGACCUGCAGACUAACCAGAUCAGCAGGAUGGAGUCUUCGGUGAACUUGGUCACCCAGAUGGUGGACAUGCACCGGGAAAAGGUGGCCCGCCGGGAAAUUGGUGCCUUCACCACCGCCAGGAAAGUGCCCCGGAUCCAGAAAAUCAUUCCACCCGCUAGCCAGGUGCCAGGAGGCAGAUACAUCCGGAAUCUCAUUACCUACACUGAACUGGACGCCAUCGGGCAUGGUGUGAAGAGCAUGAGCCAAGAGCUGAGCAAAACUGACACCUUGAAAAAUAAGACGUCAACGGACAGCAGAGAGGCCCAGGGGACGCUGGGGAGGAGUUCUCGAGCCCCUGAACCUGUCCAGUGUCCUGUCGUUCCGUCGCUGUCCCGCGGACUGUCCGUGUUCUCUCUCAAUGAGCGUUCCACUGGUUCCAGUUUUGGGAUCGCCGUGCCCCCUCCUACAGUGCCUACCUUCAGUGUAUUGGAUAUCCCGCCACCCGUCUUGGAGGAGUACCCUCUGCAACCUCCCCUGGAUAUGCCCCCCCCACCCCCAGACACCAUCCCUCCACCUCCACCAGCCCCUGCUAUCCCAUCAGUCCUUGCUCCAGCUCUAGCCCCUCCUCCUCCUCCUGCGUUCUUAAUAGGAGAAAAUGGUUUCCCCCCACCUAUGAUGUCAGACCUUCUCCCACCUCCUCCAAUGGCUGACAUCCUACCAGCGCCUCUCCCGUCCAAUGGGCUCAGUUCAGAGGUGGGUUUCCAGGCCCCUCCUCCUCCCCCAGAGAUGUACUCCGAGUUUGAUGACUGCAACCCCCCUCCCCCCCCCCCUGCGGACUUCGAUGACGGGGCUCCUCCCAAUUAUGUAGAGAAGGUAGUCGCGCUGUACGCCUACAGCACAAACAAGGCCGAUGAGCUCUCGUUUGAAGCCGGGGAGAUUAUUUUCGUCACUAGGAAGAAUGCCGAUGGCUGGUACGAAGGGGUCCUGAAUGGCGUGGAAGGAUUCUUCCCUGAAAACUACGUGGGGCCAGCCCAUUAACAGUGCAGCAGGGCAAAGGGGAUGUAAACAAACUGAGCAGUCAACCAAUCCUGCUCAUUGAUUAAAUGCAUAGAGACUAAACGGUGCAAGAUUGUACUUGGUAGACAACAAUGGCUGGUUUCACAGACCAGGAUUAUUGGACCACUUUAGUUAAGGUAACAUAGGGUACUCCAUGAUUAGUGCUAAUCAGGGGUUUGUGAAACUAGCUGUAAGAAUUCAUAUCACUGCCUAUAGAUAAAAAUCAUAAGGGAUAUCAUUGCUUAAAAACUUUAAUUAAAAAAAAAAAAAGUAGACGACCCGAUAACCCAUGCUUAUAAAUAAUUCAUUAUUAUUAUUAAUACUAUGUCAUGUUUUAUAUGUGUUUUAAAUUGUUUGCACUUUUGAAUGGGACUGGGCAAAAAAAAAAAAAAAAAAGCAAAUUGCUUUGUUAAAACGUUUCUGUUUAACUUUAACAUUAAUGGAUUAAUACAGAGCAUGUAGCACUCCCUGGUGGCUGUAUAUGAAAUACAUGGAGUUAAUUUAUGGGACUGUGAGAUGUAAAUGUUUUAUAUUAUAGUGCAACAGACACUUAUAAAAAAAGUAAUUGGC